GCCGCUUGUAGGGUACACCGCCUCAGCAUUGACCAAUUUCUGCUGCUGCAGCGAUAUUUGGAGUGCCUGCAUUCGGACCGAUUGCAACGAAGCUAUCUCUUUUUGUUACGUUCAUUCAUAACCGGUUUUCAUGCACACCCAUAUAUGAGUAUGCAAGCCUAUGAAGAUACUAGUAGGCAACACUGUUUGUUCUCGGCGAGGAAGUUCAUGGCGAACCGGUUGCCAGCUUUGAUCUUGCAGGGGCACAGGGGUUUACUUACAAGCACGCAAGUGGCUAAUAUUACCGCAGCUGGUCUGACUGGAAUACAAAGCAGCAAAGCGUACUUCGCUUUGGCAGCGCUGCUGCUGCAUGUAGUCUCGUUUCAUGCUGCCAACGGUGCUCAAAACAGCUCUACCUCACAAAUUUGCGUGUUUGAAGUUCUGAAGCUAGCCGAGCUCAAAGUUCUUUGAAGCGGCUUACAGUAUUUUUGCUUGAGCGCUCUAUCUACUUGUUGUGCCAGUAUGUGUGUGUGGAUCUGAAAAUGGUCGCCCUUAAUGCGUCGCUGUUUACACGCCACAUUUAGCAGCCGCUGCAGCGGAAGCCAGCUGUAUUUUCGAAAGCCGCCCGAAGUAAUUGGGCUAUCGCUUACCUUGUGUAUGUCUGUUUAUGGGAACCGUAACUUUCACUGUUGCCGAAAAACAUGCAGCCGCUAGAGCUAAGCUUACUGCGCUUGAGCAGCACACACACGUUAUGUUGACUUGUCAGGUUAAUAUUUAUCAGCGAGCGAGGAGAACGCGCAUCGCUGUCAGUGUUGGAGAUUUGUGACUUGGAAGUCAGUUUAAGCCCGUCGCUGAAGACGCAAAGUCUGCGCGUUGAACAAAUAAAGCUAUUUUGCUACGAAGUGUAUACAUAUUGCCAUAAAGACGUUCCGAUUAUAAUAUGUCAGAUAACGAAGAAGAGAAACUGUGUUUCCAUGGCAUUUGGGCACGGCUUCUGCCCAUCCUGCUUAUCGCCUUAGUCGCUGCGUUUUUUCUAUGGCUGCUGCGCAAGUGCGUACAGGGUCCGCGUUAUCGCAAAGAGAACCGCAUUGAUGGUAAGGUUGUAAUUGUGACCGGCUGCAACACGGGCAUCGGCAAGGCGACCGCCUUGGAGUUGGCGCGUCGGGGUGGACGCAUUUAUAUGGCCUGUCGCGAUGCGGUGCGCUGCGAGGCGGCGCGUUUGGAGAUUGUUGAGCGCACUGGCAACCAGCAUGUCUACAAUCGUACAUUGGAUCUGGCAUCGCUGGCAUCCGUGCGUCAAUUUGCCACACGCUUUCUAGGCGAGGAGCAACGUUUGGACAUUCUGGUGAACAAUGCGGGUAUCAUGGCCACGCCUCGCAAACUCACUGCUGAUGGCUUCGAACAGCAGUUAGGCGUGAAUCAUCUUGGACACUUUCUGCUUACAAAUCUAUUAUUGGAGCGUCUUAAAGCGUCGGCGCCAAGUCGCAUUGUGGUCGUCAGCUCAGCCAUGUAUAUUUUUGGACGCAUCAAACGCAAUGAUCUGAACAGUGAACGCCACUACUCGAGCUUCUUCGGCGCCUACGCGCAAAGCAAGUUGGCUAAUGUGUUGUUUACUUGCAAACUGGCGGAGCUUCUGCGCGAUACUGGCGUAACGGUGAACUGUUGUCAUCCCGGUGUGGUGCGCACGGAAUUGGUGCGACACAUCAAAUUCCCAGGCUUCGGUUUGCUGCAUUACUUGGUGCAGUUCCUGUGGAAGUCGCCGAAGGAUGGCGCACAGACACAACUUCGCCUGGCGCUUGAUCCAGCACUGGAGCAGAGCAGUGGCGAUUACUACAGCGACUCAAUGCGUUGGCCGUUGCUGCCGUGGGCGAAGAACAAAGACACAGUCGACUGGCUAUGGACGGAAAGCGAAAAACUGGUGGGACUCAAAGCAAGCGCGAAGAGCGACGAAGUGGAGGUGGUGACAGUCAACGGCUCGCAGCCUUAGUGAUUUAAAAUGCUGAACUAUUUAUACGUACAUAUAUAAGUAUAUGUUUUGCGUUUUUUUAUAUGUAAGCCAACUAUCAGUGUAGUGAAUACAAUAAAAGUUUCUCAAAAACAAUAACACGAAA